AUGGGCACGAAGACGCUGGUGGUAUUGAUCCUGAUGGCCGCAGGUCUCCAGGCCUCCUCCCUGACUCAGACCCUUCCUCUCUCAGCCUGGGCAGAGGAGCAGAAUAAGGUGCUGCAUGGCGGACCGUGUGAGCAGACGUCUCACCCCUACCAAGCUGCCCUCUACACAUCAGACCACUUGCUCUGUGGAGGGGUUCUCAUUCACCCGCUGUGGGUCCUCACCGCUGCCCACUGCAAAAAGCCGAAUCUUCAGGUCUACUUGGGGAAACACAACCUUCAGCAAAGGGAGAGUUUCCAGGAGCAGAGCUCUGUUGUCCGGGCUGUGGCCCACCCUGGCUAUAAUGCUGCCACUCAUGACCAGGACAUCAUGCUGUUACGCCUGUCUCACCCAGCCAAAUUCUCUGAACGCAUUCAACCACUCCCCCUGGAGCAAGACUGCUCGGCCAACCACACCAGCUGCCACAUCCUAGGCUGGGGCAAGACAGCCGAUGGUGGAUUUCCUAACACCAUCCAGUGUGCAUACAUCCAUCUGGUGUCCCAUGAGGAGUGUGAGCGUGCCUACCCCAGCCAGAUCACCCGGAACAUGGUGUGUGCUGGGGAUGAAAAGUACGGGAAGGAUUCCUGCCAGGGUGAUUCCGGGGGCCCGCUGGUGUGUGGAGACCGUCUCCGAGGUCUUGUGUCAUGGGGAAAUGUCCCCUGUGGAUCCAAGGAGAAGCCAGGAGUCUACACUGAUGUCUGCAGAUAUGGCCACUGGAUCCGAAAAACCAUUCAGGCCAACUAACCCUGACAUGUGACAUCCAACUCUUGACCUGUGACCCCCACCUGCUGGCUCCAGAAUAUCUCUGACCAAGACUUUACCUUCCCCCCACCUGCCUAGAUCCAACCCUUAAUGCUUAAUAAAAGCAGCGACGUGACAGCACAAAUUCACCCUGAUUUUACCCCAGCCCCAUCCUCGCAUCACUGCGGGCAAGUGGGGAUAUGAGCUAAGGUCUUACCCCCACCACUAAGAGAAUACAGGAAAACUCCU